AUGGUUGAUGAAGACGGUAGAUCCUUAAUACUGAUACUACAAGACAAAAAGAGAAAGGACAUUGUUAUAAAGGAUAUACAUGCCGGAGGUUUCUGGACUAUGCUUGUUUCCGAUGACCAAGUUUUCUCGUUUGGGCUAAAUAAUUUCGAACACCUUGGUAUCCCCAUAGACGGAGAAGCUCCUACAGAUGCUUCCGAAGAAGACAAGCGAGAACUUCGUAUUUUCACACCAGGUGUUGCCACGGCAUACUUGGGCAAAUCAUGGACGCAUAUUGAUGGUGUGCAACAUAUAAUUGCUCGAGACAAAGAUGGACAAGUAUAUGGAAUCGGAAAAAAUACGGACAACGCCCUUGGUCUCGGAACGUGGACUGGAAAUGAUGAUUCAGAACAUUGGAAGUACUCCACCUUGGAACGCAUUAAAUUCCCACGAGAAGCUGGAAAAAUCGCUGGAACGACAGCUAAAUUAGGUUGUUCGAUAGCAUGGACAGAACAUGGAGAUGCUUAUGCGUGGGGUUGUGACACUAGCGGUCAACUUGGCCUGGGAUUAAAGGAUGACGAUGAUAAGGUAAGGGAAAAGCAA